UUUUUGAAUGACAGAAAAAAAAAAUUAGAUUUUUAAUCUUUAUAAAGUUAGUCAGGUAUCAAUCCAAUAACUACCGUUUUCUUGAAAAUAUUUCAAAUUCCAGUCCUAUGAAACAUAUGUGUGAGUGUCUAGUGCAAGGUACUGUUUCUUAAUAUUUAAAAUAUUGUCGUUACCGCAUAGUGAGAAAUCGCAUUUUUGAGUUGAAAACUUUGGUUACAUGACAAAAUGCACUGAACGUGUCGUUGUUUCUUUUUGGUAAAUUGAAUAAAGUCACACAAUACAACCAUAUUUCGUACUAUUAUCAUGCUUUCAUAUUAAAGUAUUCUUUUUUUUAAUAUUUAGAAAUGUAACAUUUAAUUGACAUUUCGUUUUAGUAUUCUGUCGUAUGACUCUUAAUGAGAAUCAAAUAUUGGUAGCAGAUCAGAAUAAGAUGUUGAUAUGAGUUUCUUCAUUAUGUAAAAAUUCUUCUUCUUGUGAGAAUUUUUUUUAACCACACCAAGAGUAACCUUAUGCUCUCUAGUCUAUUUUGUAAAACAAAUUUUUUGUUUAGUGAAUGACCCUAACUUCUAGUAUAAGUUAGGGUUAUUGUCAACAGAAACGCUUUGAUAACAUGAUCGUGUUUCAAUGGUGAUGAUAGCAGAAUUAUAUUAGACCUAUGAAAGAAGUGGUUCAGAUAUUUAUCAGAAGGAUGAAGAAAAAAAAAACAGUUUUUGUGGAUUUGUUGAUCGAAUAAUAUUUCCAUCCAUUCAUUAAAAAAAUUAACGUAUUCUUUUUAUAUCAAAGUAUACAUUAAACUAUGAGUGAAAUUUUAUGGGAGCCUGACUCGGAAGUGUUGGGUUUACUCUUAAGUAUUUUAAAUGAGGCAGGAAUUCCUAAUACGGCAGUUCAAAGCCAUGUUGCGGAAUCUAUCAAUAACCUCAAUAAAAAAUGCAAUAUAGCUUGCUACUAUGCAUUUUUGUUUUCAUGCUUACCUGAUUGUGAUCAAGAUGUACGUCAACGUGCGGGUCUCUUACUAAAAACUCGUAUUCCCUUUUUAUUUUCUUGUGUUUCUGGAAAAGCUGAUGUUGUUUGGAAUGUUGAAGAUAACUAUUUGAAUUCUCAUCCUUUAGAAAAACGUUUUCAGUGUAUAUUACAAUAUGUCAAAAAUUGUAUCAUGAAAGGUAUGUGUGAUUCGUCUACAGUUAUCCGUCAUACCGCAGCAACAAUUUUAACGACACUUGCGCAUAGUGGAUCAAAGGAAGAAACACUUGAAUUACUUUCUUAUUUGAUUCAACUUUUGGAACACCAGAAUAGUGAUAUCCGAAAUACAUCUUUUCGCCCUAUAGCAAUGAUUAUAGAGGAUGAAUUAAAAACGUCUUACAAAUCAAUAGAUUAUAGUUUCAUGUCUUUUUCAGAAAAAACACUCUUUCCAAAAAUUUUUUCUGCAUGUAAUUAUGAUUCAACAUUUCGUUAUUACUGCGUGUUGUGUUUAAAUCAAUUUAACUCAAAAGGGUGUUUUUCACCAAAUGAAGUAUUCCAUCAUCACCUACAAUCUUAUUGGGAACUUUUAGGUAAACUUGCUCUUGAUCCAUCUAUUGAAGUACGACAAGAGACUUUACGAGGAAUGGGACUAAUGGUGAUGCGUUGGUAUAAAGUUGUAGCUGACAGUCUAGAGUCACUUUUACCUUUUCUUAUCCAAUGCAUUGACGUUUCUCAGCCUUAUAAUAUCAAACUUGAAGCUUCUGAUGUUUUAAGACAUAUUGUCUUUGUAUGUGAUAAAGAUGAACCUUUAAAAUGCAUUAUUCCAUUAAUUAUUCCAAAGCUAUUUAUUAAUACUCGUUAUUCCGAGUGGGAUUACGCUCAAAUGGAUCAGCAGCAGUUUUAUGAUGAUUCGGAACAUUAUUUAAGUAAAUCUAAAGACAUUCAUAAUGUUUCGAAUGCCACUAUGGGUAACAACGCAACGAAUGAUGAUGAUGAUGAUGAUGAUGAGUUUGAAGAUGAAAGUAAUGGUAUGCUCACAUCUACCUGGGGUACUAAUUGGACUUUACGUAAGGCGUCCGCUGUUCUUUUGGAUCGGUUUUCUUUUCGUUUUGGAGACUUAAUUUUGCCCUAUGUUUUACCUCAAAUUGAUCAAUGGUUAAAGAACGUGAAAGUGUGGGAAUCGCGUGAAACAGCUAUACUUGUACUUGGGGCGAUUGCACGUGGCUGUUUGAAUGGACUUCGACCGUUUCUGGCAGAUAUCAUACAAGUUCUAAUCCAAGUGUGUGAUGAUUCCAGGCCUAUUCUUAGAAGUAUUAGCGUAUGGGCCAUUAGUCGCUUUUCUCCUUGGAUUUGCACAGAAUCCACUAUGUUAGAAACAGUUGUAAUACGGAUGCUACGACGUAUUCUUGAUGGAAACCAAUGUGUUCAAGAAGCUGCUUGCUCAGCCUUUGCCUUUUUAGAAGAAACAGCAGCUGAUAAAUUGUUACCUUUUUUACCUUCCAUUAUGUCAACGUUUCAUCAAGCUUUUUCUAUUCUUCCCGGGAAAAAUGUCAUUGUGUUAUUAGAUGCUAUCAUCGUUCUAAUUGAAGUGAUUAAUGUGUGGAAAGAUUUACCGUGUGUGCAUCAAAAUAUAGUCGAGCCGUUGUUACAACGUUGGAUCAAUGUUUCAUGUGAGUGUCCUUCUUUUACAGCUUUAUGUGAAUCCGUUAGCCGACUUAUUUUUGAAGCAAAUAAAGAUAUCGCUUCAUAUAAGCAUGUCAUUUGGCGCCAUUGUUUAGUUUUAGUACAACAAGGCUUAGAUCAAUUAACAAGUGUUAACAAUUUUGUACAAUCAUCGCAAGCAUCUCGUACACUGGUUUCCUGUGAUACGGUGUCAGUCGAGUAUCGCUCGAACGCCUACACGGCUACGACAUCACUCGAAUCGGGUGUACAUAUUAUGUAUAUGUUAUGUGAUAUUUUCCAAGAAGACAUCAAACCAUGUUUUGAAACUAUCGAGUCUAGGGAUAUGAUCAUUCAUUGUUAUACGAAAACUACUAAAGAUGAAAGAAUUCAUGGCAACGUCAAGCACGACUGCCUUGGUGUCCUUAGCUACAUACUCAGCUAUACGUCUUUUCAACCUACUGUGUGUAUCCCUACUUUAGUUCCGUUGGUUACUGAUGAUAUUGACUCUCCUUAUAUAGGAAUCUGCUGUAACGCCGUGUGUUGUUUAGAAAAAAUCGUUGCAAGUGUUUUUCCAUCUCAUGAUUCUGUUCACACUUCCUUUUUUAUGUCGUAUAACGCGACCAUUAUGGAGAAACUUGCUGGAGCAUUUAUACGUUUUAUAGAAGAUGAAUCGGCUUUUGUUUUAUAUGACAAGCUAGUGUCAGCAAUACCUUAUGUGGCAAGGGUUUCAUCUCCUCCGGUUGUACAUAUGAUCUCGGAUGUGUUUGACAUUUAUGUUCAGCAUAUUAAUACUAUGAAACAUUCUCCUAUGAAAACGCAAGCUGUGCAAGGCAUAUUGAUUCUUUUAUCAAUUGAUCCCAUGCUUGCAUUUAAUUGUUUAAGUUUACUUCUAGAAACCAUUUUAUCACUUUUUAUGGAUGUACCAUUAACAGAAAACCACUUAUAUCCUGAUGGCACAUCACAUAAUUCGAUGGAAUGCCAUCAAACUGUUAUUUCAACUCUCUCACAACUUGAAGCAUUAGAUCCUUGUCAAUUUCGUAAUGCAUUAACAUCUCUUGAUGCCUCCUAUCAGCACUGUUUCCAAAAUCUUAGUUCGUAUUCUUGACAACAGUAAGAUAAUCUUUCUACACUGACUUAACUUGACUUUAAAAUUUUUUUUUCAAUAAUAAUAAAAAUUCACGUUUUAAUUUUUUUUCACUUUAAAAGAAUUGAUGCCUUUUAUUAUUUUUUUAUUGUUUAAAAGAGUAAAAGAAACUUUUUUUGUGUGUUACCUUUAUUUUAUUUUUUAAUUAGUUUAUCUGUUAUUUUUUUUUUACCAAUGUAUCUGUUAUUUUUUUUUUUUAUACAAAACAAUAAUUACUAAAAAAAUGUU